CUCGCUGUAUCGGUCCCUGCAGCGCGGGGAGUUGCCGUAACGGGGAGGGCAGGGAGACCUCGCAGCAUGGCACGGCCGGUGGAGAGAGUAUCAAAGGAUGCUGUGCAGCAGCUGGCCAUUGAUCGGGAAACGAUCAGGAAAGAACUACGCAGUCAGAAACUGCACACAGACUUCAAUGUCAACUUCCGCACGAAAUUUCACUGUAUUACAGGAAAACCUAAUGUCCGCGAUGUGGAUAUGGAAGGGGAGGAGGAUCAGCAUUUAUCAAAGAUACUAAGGCGGAACUUUCUGGAACCAAGGAUGAAAUAUGCAAUGCCACAGACAGAAGCUCAGGAGAUUGGCUGGAUAACUACUCCGCUGAUUUCUAAAGAUCUGCAGGAUCGGAGACUGAACUUUCCUCACCAAAGUAAUGAGAUUACAAGAUUCAUGGCCCAGUUCUUUCUUCAAAAGGAAAGCUCCAAAAAAUAACGCCAGCCACAUAAUCAUUCCUUUAAUUUACCUGCUAAAUGCUGGUUACUACAAGACUUCAGAUAUGUAAAAAUACUGUGCAAGAUAGUUGUAAUUUUGCAUAUUUGUCAAGAAUAAACAUGCAUAACAGCUGGAAAAUACCUUGGUUUAUUGACAUUGUUUAAAUUGCAAGGCUUAAGCUGAGGGAAUAUGAUCCUUGGUUGACUAUAGUCAUUCAUUUGCAUGAAGAAAUGUAUCAUUAUGUUUUAUGUUACUUUUCCUUACAUAUAUAGUACAAAGGCCAAAACUAUGGCCCCAGUUUUGCUGGGUGGGAUCAGCACUCAUUGCUUGCAUUCACAUUACUCCAAGUUAAUCUGGUUUGCAAGUGUAUAGCCGAUCUUGCUGGCCAUAACUGUCCUGAAGAUGAGCACUGAGGCACUGUGUUGCCCAAAGGUUUUGAACAAUCUACAGUUGGACCCCCAGUUAUAUGGUUUUGACUUCUACUGAUUCAUGUGCAGAUGUGUUGUACAAUUUGACUUCUUUCCAAAAUAACCUGGCUCUUUAGACUGUCCCACACCCACUGCUCCUAUCCCCAAGCCUCAUAGUCCUGUGUUAUUAGUUGCACAUAAUAUAUUGAAAUCUCCAGUUAAAUUAAUCCUACGCAUCUAAAUUACAGGCAAUACACAGGUAUUUGUUUAACCUCUUGGGGGCAGGCACGGUAGUGUAGCGGUUAGCGUAACGCUAUUACAGCACCAGUGAGCCGGGUUCAAAACCAGCCGCUGUCUGUAAGGAGUUUGUACGUUCUCCCUGUGUGUCUGUGUGGGUUUCCUCCCACAUUCCAAAGAUGUACGGGUUAGGGAGUUGUGGGCAUGCUAUGUUGGCACCGGAAGCGUGGCGACACUUGCGGGCUGCCCCCAGAACACUCAACGCAAAAGAUGCAUUUCACUGUGUGUUUCG